AUGGACGAAGGAUGUGACUCGCAUCUCCGGAACGACGAGGCUGCUGCUCCCUUCCUGGGCUGCGAUGACUGCAACGAUGCGGACGUCUUCGUGCUGAGACGCCCAGAGGUCAUCGAUGCCAAAGCAGUCAAGUACUUGAAGAAGCUCCAAAAGCUCCCUGCGUUGCAGGAGCUGGCAACGUGGCUCCUGCCGGAGGAGGAUGACUCCGACGAGCAGGAGCAGGAGGAACUUCGUGACCUCCUGCCGGAGGAGGAGGAGCUCCUUCUGGAGCCAGCGGAUGGCAGGGUCGUGCCACCCCCAGCUAUCUGCGCGAGCGGCGGUUUCGGCGAAGACAAGAGUCGACCCCUGCCGGGUUCUACGGUGCGAAGCCACUGA